GCAGGAUUCAGAAAUGAAGCUGCUGAGAGAUCUUGUGGAGAUACCAGACUGCAGACUGGAGACUCUCAGUCUGAGGAACUGCUGGUUGUCAGCGAUCAGCUGUUCUUCUCUGAUCUCAGCUCUGAAGUCCAACAUCCAUCUGAGAGAUCUGGACCUGGGUGGGAAAAACGAUCUGCAGGAUUCAGAGGAGCUGCUGAGAGAUCUUCUGGAGAGUCCAGACUGCAGACUGGAGACCCUCAGGAUCAGAAGAGAUGAGACGAUCAGAGCCGAGAUCCAGAAGAACUGUGACAGGAAGUGAAGACACACAGAAAGUUCAGGAACUCCCAUCCCCCGAGUCCUGCGGCAGGAAGCGCUCCUUCUCUCCAAGAACUCCUGGACCCUGCAAGCUGGUCCAGAAGUUAAUUCAUGCUUUUCUCAUGAAUUAACGACUUAAAUCGUGUUUCUUUUUCUUGUGUAUUUCAUAAUCCUACAGCAUAUUUGAUUUUUUUUUCAUGUAACUUUAAGGCUAAAUAUUAUUUCCUCAGCUCUGUAAUAAAAAAACAAAAGUUUAGAAUAAAUAUAAAUAUGUUGUACUUAUAUCCCGAUGAGUCAGCAGUAAAGCAGCCAGGCGUUAACGGUCAGCUGGCAUGUGUAUCUGUUCAUUGGCUCAUAUGUGUAGCAUGUUUAAU